AAGAGCGUACGGUUUUGAAGUGCGGAAAAGCUGCAAAUCACUGCGAGCGAACGAGCAACGAGACGGCCGGUCGCACACAACGGAUCGCGCGCUCUUCCAGCACCGCGCCGUUCUUUCCGCUUCCUGAACCGAGAGUGUGUCAGCAUGAAGCGGGUUCCUUCGCCGAAAUGAGAGCUCGCUGCGGCGGGGAGCACUGAGGAGCCCCAGGACGGCGCAGGAUUCAGAGGGGGGGAGUGCAGCCGCAGCAGUGACGGGAACAUCAACCUGCAUUGUCGGUAUCCAUCCCCCCCCACCCCUCCUUCCCACCCCACCAUCCAUAUCCCAUCCCCUCCCCCCUCCUCCUCCCCUUCUCUGCGGAUUGUGGCGUUAAAGAAAAUGAUGCAGAAUCCCCUGGAGCUGGACGCUCAUUACCUGCCUCACGAGCCGAUCCAUGAUUAUAGGUCUCACCGGUACAGGAGCUUUAUGAUCGAGGAGAUACUGACUGAGCCCCCAGGCUCAGGCAAAGCCGCGAACGGGGGAGAGCUCCUCAAAUUCGGGGUCCAUGCCCUACUGAAUAGUCGGCCCUACCACGGCCAUCUAGCUGGCCUGAAAUCAGAUCACACUGGAGUUUUUAAGUUUCCGCUGGGUCCGAUCUCGUGUAGCCUUGCCGCUCCUUUGGGUUCAUCGUUGGUAUCUGGAGGAUCGAGCCUGUCCAGCGGCCACGGAGCUCCUCACCUUCCGCUCGACCUGCACCUCCGGUCAAAGCUAGACCAAGGGCCCGAACCAGGAAACAAAGCGAAAAAAGGCCGGAGGAGCCGGACAGUCUUCACUGAACUGCAACUAAUGGGACUCGAGAAACGAUUUGAAAAGCAAAAAUAUCUCUCCACACCAGACAGAAUAGACCUAGCAGAAUCCUUGGGUCUAAGUCAACUUCAGGUGAAAACCUGGUACCAAAACCGAAGGAUGAAGUGGAAGAAAAUAGUUUUGCAAGGUGGAGGUCUGGAGUCACCGACGAAGCCGAAAGGUCGUCCCAAGAAGAACUCCAUUCCUACAAGUGAGCAACUUUCAGAACAAGAGAAAGUAAAACAAGCCGAGAAACAGAUUGAGAGUUCCCCAUCACCUUCUGAAGUUAAUCAAGAAGAAUAACGCGCUGAAAUGGUGAGGGCAAAACGACUUCUCUCUUCAUCGGAACUUUACAAACCGACGUUGAAACUGCAGCGAGCCACGUGUCUACAGAUUUAAACGCGUCACUCUUGUGGAAUUUACACUCAAACUCUUAAUGUCAGCUUCACCUUUCAAUUGUACUGUUCUCCCUCUCUUCAAACACCAGCUGAUGGAACUUAUCGCUGACCGAUUCACCAUUGUUAUAUUUUAAUAAGUAAUUAGUCACACUUGGAUGUUGGAUCAAUUUGCCGUUUGAUGUGGAAGUGUGUUGCCUAACGCAUAUCCGGUUUUAUGAAAUUGUUUUCAUUCCCUGAGUAAGAUUAUCGAGGCAGAAACUCAGUUUAGUGCAUCAAGAUGAUCACGUUGCUGUUCGAAUUGUACUCAAUUAAAGCAUUUUAAGCAUCGUUCUUACACACGUUUUGGCUGCAUCAAAUUAAAGCUCAGAAUUCCAUUCUGCAUAGACAGUCUUUCCAACACCUUCUGCUUUUUCUACAAAAUGUUGUUGAGGGAGAUGCAAUUAUCGUGACUUCUAUUUUAGUCUACAAUCCUGUGGUGCCUCUCUGUCAAGUUAGUAUUAUAAAUAUUUUGACCAAACCAGUUUGAUAGUAAGUACAACGUGUUAUGGUUCAGUGCAAAAAGCCACAGCUGCAGUAGCAGAUUCGAAGUGUUUGUACCAAGUAUCGAAUUUAUAAAUGAUUUCAUACACUUGUGAAAGAUAGGAGAAACUGUAAAUAAUUUUUGCAACAGUGACUAUGGCAUAAUGCCAAAAGUGUGUGUUAUGCCUUCCACAGGAGAAAAGUACAGAAAUUUUGAUAGCUAAUUAAAGUGCUUGUAUUUUUUAAAUUUAAAUUUCCAUUUAUACUACUCUUAUACGGAUACAAACAAUAAAAGAUUAGCCAGUCCUCGUAUUUAUUUUUUCAACUGUUAGUAUUUUAGUGCUUUUCUAGUAGGUCUGCGCGCGUUUAGACUCGAAAAUUAUUAAUCAUUAUAAUUAGAUGGGCUGGUAAAUUUUAUGUGCGAGUUUAAUCCUCAGGGAGCAUGCUUUAAAGCAAAUUAUGUUCCUCACUGCAUUCUUUUUUAAAAUCUUAUAGCCGGUAGUGUAACUGUUUAGUUAACUUUUAAAAGAACAAACUCUUACUCACAAACAACAAAGUAAAAUCCUGCAGUGGAUGUUAAACAGUUAUAAUCUGCUUCGAUUCAUGUUCAAGAGGACAGGAGUUAAAUUCAUAUGUAAAUACUUCUAUAAGUAUGUCAGCCUUAUUUGCAUAGGAAUGUUGCCCCUUCACGAUUCUACAAAUUAUUGCCACAGCUAAAUUUGUUCCCGUUCCCGUCUCCAUGGUUCUGUUCCCAACGAAUCCUCAUGUAAAGUCAAUUUUAACACAUAUUAUCUUUAUUGGAUAAUACAUCGUGUUUUCCAGCUUGCCGAUAAUGCCAUAACGAUUAAAGUCAAAUAGUCAGACGUGAAUACUGUCUGAUUAGAUGUAAAAUCGUUAGUAAUUUGGGGCGAUGGCACAAAACAUAAUCGUACUGCUUAAUGUAAAGCUAUGUUCGAAGAAUUGAAGGCGCAGGAGAGACCCUGUUGCUGCCGUACACUGUAAAUAACUCUAUACUGAAGCACGCAGGUUCACUGAUUGUUACGGCGUCAGCCGAAACAUUUAACGUUUGUACAAAAAGUGGGUGAGGGAUGUUAACAAAGCCAAAGUGGGGCUGUGUGCAGUACACUGCCUCAUCAUUACGGGUCGAGGAAAUGCUCCUAUGUGCCACAUCACCAACCAACCACUUCCCCCCCCCCCCACACACACACACACACACACACACACAACUUCCCCCGAACACCACCAGAGCUAUUGAAAUAAAGUUAAAAAUCUGUGGAAGCCUGCAUCAGUCGAAAAAUAACGCAUAUCGAAUUUCUACUACGAUCUACUCGAACACAGCACGUAUGCUUGUUGUACCAGUAGUUCACAUGUCGUUCCUUAGGGGAAGUGUUGGAAUCUGUUAUGAGGGAUGAGGUAACACUGCUCUCAGCAACACUGUAUGAUGAUCGAAGUUUAUACAGAUUUCUGCAAGCGAAAUCGUGUCGGAGAAAUCUGUUUUUUUAACAGUAUAACUAAUAGGAUAGAUAUGGGAUUUGGAUUUUCAGAAAGAAGAGGUACCGCACAAGAGGCUGUUAUACAAAAUUAGGCUCGUGGGAUUGGGGUAAUAUUUUAACAUGGAUUGAGGGUUGGUUGACAGACAGGAAACAGAAAGUAGGAUUAAACGGCUCAUUUUUAUAUGACAGGCAGAACCUAUUUAAAGCCCAUCUCAAUAACUUCAAUACGAGUAAUGAAUCUAAGUUUGCUGACGACACAAAGUAACUAGGAACUUGAGCUGUGAGGAAUACACAAAGAUCCUACGGAGGGGUAUAGAAAGUGUGAGAAUAUGGCAAAUUAAAUUGUAAUGUGGCAAAAUAUGAAGUUAUCCACUUUGUAGGGAGAUAUGGAAAAGUAUAUUUUUAACAAUGGUGUGCGACUGAGGAAUAUUGAUUCAGAGGGACAUGGUUGCACACACAGUGCAGAACACUAUAUCGGUACAGCAAGCAGUGAGGGAAGCAAAUGUUAUAUUAGCCUUUAUUGACAAAGGAAGGAUUAAUACUUGCAAAUAUAUGGGGCUAUUUUGAGACCACGCCAGAAAUAUUGUGUGUAGCUUUGGGUCUCAUAACGCAGGGACCGGUAUACGUGCUUUUGAUAGAGUGCAACAAAGGUUCACUAGUGAUUCCUGCAUUGAGGGGAUUGCUUAAUGGAGUGAGAGUGAGCAAAGUAGGCCUUUCGGAAUUUCGAAGGAAAUCUUAUUGAAACAUAAAACUGUUUUGGGGCUCAGCAGGACAAAUAUUGAGAAGCUAUUUCUUCUGGCUGGGGAGCCUACAAUUAGGGGUCAUAGUCUCAAAAGGAGUCAGUUAUUUGUGAUGAGAUGAGGAGAAAAAAAAAUGUAAAUUUUCGGAAUUCUGUACUACAGGGUAAUGGAUGAUCAACUGUUGAAUAUAUUCAACACAGAGAUUGGUGGAUACUUUGGAAACAAAGGGAGCUAAAAGGUACGAGAAUAGUAAAGGAAGGCAGCGUCCAGGUAGAAGUUCAGCCAUGGUCAUGGGGGAGCAGGCUCGGAGUGCCGAAGGGAUUACUCCCGCACAUUUUUCUUAUGCAAAUACUAGUCGAGUGUGAAACCAAUAUCCUUGUCUUUUCUAAUUUUGUUAACCUACUAAUUGAAGUUUUAGAAUGCCAAUUCAAUUUUAGAUUAUGUAAAGAUAUGACUACUUUAUGAAUCUAUUUAUGCACUGUAUAUUUGUGGAUUACUGCCAUUGCAUACUUCAAACAAAGGGAACACUAAUUUAAACGAUUAAACCAUUUUCUCAGUGUCUGAUAUCUCUCAGUUUUGCUUAAUAUUUAAAAAGGGAUUUUAACCGAGAAUAUUUCGGCUUUUUGCAAUGUCUACAA